GAGAGCAGUUGUGAAAGAUCGCUAUCAGCUGAAUUCAUUACAGUUAACGUCUCCCAUGGGUUUCAAGGGGAAAACGCAAUUCUUGCAUUAGCAAUAAACAAUCCGAUGUUAGUUGUUUAUGGCUAGGAGAUAAAGACCGCUUUCUUGGGAAUUGCGCGCUGCCGCUGCUUUCGUGUGUACACGAAGGGGUUGGAGCCAAAAGUCCCUCGCUCUUCGCCAAAUGUAAUCCUUUAAUCUUUUGAAGGCAGCGCUGAACUUGGUGGCGCCUCUGAACCAGCCCGGGAGGCGAAGGACUGCUGCUGUGGCAUCGUCAGCGGAGUACCGGAGCAUACCGCGGAUGAGCUGAAUCGUUGCCUGGACCAGCAUGCCCCCAGCAUGCCCCCCUCAACAACCACCCGCCUCCGGGAAUUCUCGGGCAGAGCCGCUAGGACCGUGGAGUACACCAGUCAAGCUGUGGAAGCCUGAAAGCCCGAGAGCGUGAAAGCCUGCGCUGGGUGUCAUUUACGGGGGAAACGGACCAGGGAUAGUUCACCAUGCCCCAUGGAUAUACAAUAAAAGGACUUUCAGCAUUCCCAAAAAAGGUGAAGUAAGACCAUCUUACUGCCUAAAACCAGUUGUAUCGCUGACAUCUGGAUAUGCGUUAUGAAAUACCUACAGCGCUGUCCACUAUAGCCCAAUAACACUACGAUGGCCUCUGGAUCCAAAUGUCAAUUCCAACGGAGGCAGCAUCAGUCUGGGCCCAGCCGUGUGUGACGUGAGAGAGAGAAACAACGAGAGAAAGAGAGAGAGAGAGGAAGAGAAGGAGGAAGAGGAGGGGGGGAUCUCUCUGAUGAUAACCCUGAGUAUACCUUACAUGGCUCUCUGGUAGCCACCAUUUUAAAUUUGCCCUUACAGUGCACCGCGGCGGCUGACUGACAGUGAAAAUGUGAUGAGCUUUGCUAUCGUCCCCGUAGCAAGCUAGUGAGUGUGGAUGGUGCCUGGCGAAGGAGGCACAUUGCUUAAUGAGACCAUUGCUCUUGUGUUGGGAGGCUUAGGACAGGCAAUUACUGAGGAAUUACCACCAGAGGCCUCCUCCAGCACUGCUGCUGCUGCGCUCCACCACUGCUUACUGCUGGAGCAGGGAACUAAGCACCCACAGCUGGUUACAUAACUUUUUUUUUCUGAUGGAUUUUUACUAUUUUUGUUCUUCCUUUUUUCCUUUUUUCAAAUUUGCUACUGGUUGUUGUGAUUGUCAUUUGUCGUUCUUUUAAGACAGCUCGAUCAGUUCUGACCUAUCGUUUAUAAUGGAGCUACAUCCAUCGCGUGUGUGGAAUAAGGACUGGGCCUCUUUCCUCAGGCCGUGGAUACCCAUACUGCUGGGCCUGCACAUGCAGUUCUCCCGGGCGUCUGGCUCAAGCUGCCCAGAGGAGUGCCGCUGUGACAGGACCUUUGUUUACUGCAACGAGAGGAGCCUGACCUCGGUGCCUCUAGGGAUCGGAGAGGGCUACAAGACCCUCUAUUUCCACAACAACCAGAUCAACAAUGCCGGCUUCCCCUUGGAGCUUCACCACGUCGCCUCCGUGGAGACUGUCUAUCUCUAUGGUAACCAGCUGGAUGAGUUUCCCAUAAACCUGCCCAAGAACAUGCGGGUACUGCACCUGCAGGAGAACAACAUCCAGACCAUCUCCAGGGCUGCGCUGGCUCAGCUGUUGUGGCUGGAGGAGCUCCACCUGGACGACAACUCCAUCUCCACAGUUGGGGUGGAAGAGGGGGCGUUCAGGGAGGCCGUCAGCCUCAAGAUGCUCUUCCUUACCAAGAACCACCUGAGCAGUGUCCCUAUUGGUCUCCCGGAGGACCUCAAAGAGUUGCGAUUGGACGAGAACCGUAUUGCAGUGAUCACUGAGGAGGCGUUCAGGAAUGUGACGAGGUUAGAGCGCCUCCUGCUGGACGGGAACCUGCUGACGGACGAGGGCGUGACCCCUGGAACCUUCCAGGACCUGGUGACACUCCGGGAGCUGUCACUGGCGCGGAACUCCCUCACCUACCCGCCCCCGCUUCUCCCAGGGAAUGUUCUGGUGAAGCUGAACUUUCAGGAUAAUCAGAUGAAUGAGAUCCCUGUGACGGCCUUCGCGGGGCUGAGAAAGCUGGAGAGGCUGGAUAUUUCCAACAACCAGCUGCAGUCCCUGACACAAGGGGUCUUUGAUGGCCUCGUCAGUCUCAGACAGCUCACUGUUCGGAACAACCUUUGGCUGUGUGACUGCAGCAUUAACUGGGUCAUACUGUGGUUAAAGUCUCUGCCAGCCUCCCUCAACGUGCGCGGCUUCAUGUGCCAGAAGCCCGAAACUGUCCGGGGCAUGGUAAUCAGAGAGCUGAACACCGAGCUGAUCCAGUGCCCUCGCAGCACCACGGCUGCCCCGUUGCCCACCCACUUGCCCCCCACCUCGCCAGGCCUCACCACCCGCUUCCCUCCAUCCUCCACAGGAUACCCCUCAGACACGGAGUCUCUCUCUCCCCCAUCCAGGCUCCCCUCCUCACCCACACAUCACCCCCCUCUCCUCCCCUCCUCCCCUCCCAGAGAUGGGGAACAGAGGACUAACUUGCCGCCCCUGGACCCUGAGCGGGAGACCCUGCAGAUAAAGUUUACCAUACUCAAUGGUUCAGCCAUCCACGUCAGCUGGGUGGCCUCCUUCCCUGUCACAGCCUACAAGGUCACAUGGGCCAAGAUGGGUCCCAGCCUGUCGGGAGACACAGUUAGGGAGAGGAUGGUGGGAGGGGAGCACCGGGGCAUACGGUUGGUCAACCUCAAGCCGAAGUCCACCUACCGGAUCUGUGUCAUCCCCUUAGACGCGUUCAAUAAUUACCGGCCCAAGGAUGAUACAGUGUGUUCAGAGGCUGUGACUAAGCCGGUCUCCUAUGGCCAAGGUAAUAAUACAGGGCCACCGGGGCCGGAGCAGGCCACCCAGCAGGACCCCAGCUCUCCCUUCCUUCUGGCUGGCCUUAUUGGAGGGGCCGUGAUCGUAGUCCUGGUGUUUCUCCUUAGCAUAUUCUGCUGGUACAUGCACAAGAAGGGCCGGUCGUCCUCGGCCAAGUGGAAAUACAAUAAGGGCAGGAGAAAAGACGACUACUGCGAGGCAGGAACCAAAAAGGAUAACUCUAUACUGGAAAUGACUGAGACCAGCUUCCAGAUAGCGUCCCUAAACAACGAGCAGCUCCUCAAGGGAGACUACCGCAUACAGCCCAUUUAUACCCCUAAUGGGGGCAUUGGCUUCAGAGACUGCCCUCUGGGGAGCAAUAGCACAGUAUACUGCAAGAACAAUGUUCAAGCAGAAGCAGACUUUUGCUGUACAUGAUGGUUUUCAUAGCAGAGCAUUAUAGAACCCCCUUUGUAUUAACAAAUACACUUAACUACAUUCAGUACACUGAACAGUAUAUUUCAAAGACCUCCGUGUCUGCAAUGUAAUUUAUACACCGGCUGGACUAUAAUGUUGAAUUCAGCUACCUUUUAUAUUCCCUUAGUAAAGAAUGCUAAUUGAUUUAUAAGUUAUUGGUUUUUCUCAGUUCUGUGCAGUCAGAUUUUUUACAAUCAGAGCUUUCUCUCAUCACCUUAUAUUUUGAGCUCCAUAAAGAUUGGGCCAUUUGGAAGAUAUUUGAUGUUCUACUCAUUGCUAUAAAAAUAGCCUAGCCAGUAAUGAGUCUAACAUGCACAAUGUCCAUAACAGAUAUAGCUACAUACCAUGUUUUGGCAAUGGAAAUUAAAACAAAUGGGGUUUAUGUCAAAGAGACUUGAUGUGGCAACUCAAUGUGACAGAGCGAACCAACCAUUCAGGAAAUGAUCUUUGGAGAUAAAUAUUUUCUCACGGUAAGGAUUUGAGAGAGAAUGGGAGAGAGAGGCUGGGAAGGAGGGAGGAAGGGGAGGGGAAGAGAGAUGGAAAGAGCGAGAUAAUCUGUGCAUUCAAAUAUACCACAAGAGGGCAGAGUUUUACCUGACUGUCAAUGAUUAAUUCAUGAUUCUUUACCUUUUUAUUUUCUUGGACAUUGCUGAGUACUGAAUAGCAGCUCUGCCUAUGUAGUAAUACUGCAGUGAGUGUCUCUCUUUCAUCAUCUCAUCUACAUAACAAAGACACAUUUCUAUGAACACGGUGUUGAGAAAUGUUGGUCAAACAACUGCAUGGAUUCCAGGGCUGGUAUACAUAAAGCAUCUCAGAUUAGGUGUGCUGAUCUAGGAUCAAGUCCCCCUCUGUCAUCUUAUACAAAAGGCUACACUGAUCCUAGAUCAGCACUCCUAUUCUGAGAUGCUUGAUACAUACGGCCUCUGAUUCAAGUAUGCAUUUCAAUAACAACCGACUGUUAAGUUGUUGGCCAGCGGUCAUUCACCACAACUUGGAAAUACUGUUUCUGAAAUGGUAGUAGGCUACUGUAGUUAUGGAGUUUGUUGAACCUUUCGAUUGUUUCCCAAGCUGUUAAAAAACAGAUUUGUUUUCUCAUGGACUUGACUCAGCAAAUCAUGCACAGGUCAUAAGUUUGCGUCUUAUGCUUUCCAAAAAUUACAAUUACAGCAUAAGGAAACUGUACAUUGAUAGUUGAGAAUGAAAGAUCAACAAGCACAUCUGUCAAGAUAGCUGGAUACUAAGCAACUAUUUCAGUUUUUGUUCAGCAAAAAAUAAUGUUAUGGUAAUAUAUUAUAUGUGCCUUGAAAUUAUCAGCUCAUAAUGUAUAGUAAAGUAUUUUGAAUCCAUGUGUUUUUGCACAAAUGUGUACUGUAUAUACAUUCAAUUGACAUUGAAUUGUUGUUGAAAAAAACUCUUGGCUUGUAUUUGAUUAUUUAUUUGUAUCUUAUUGCUUUAUCAGUCUUAUCGCAUCCCUUUAUCGCUUAAGACAUUUUUAUCUGUGAUGCUACUGUCUUCUCUGGGAGAAAUACACAAAUUAUGUUGAGAGUCUAUUUCAUCGAUGCUUUGAGUUAUUUUCUACCAAAAUGUCUCCUCAGCUCACAAAGUUUGGGCCCUAACUUGGAAGGGACUUCACACGUGUAGGCUGGAUAAUAAAUA